GAUGAAAAGAUCCACUGCCACCAAUAAACCAUUUGAACUCCUUUGAUACAACUUUGUCGAGAUCGGCCUCGUUGGGUGCACUUGCCUUUUCUCUACCUCUUUCCGCCUUGAAAAAAAAACUUCACUUCUCGAUGCGCCAUACGACACACUUAUUCCUUCGCAUUGCCGCAGUUCGAUCCGAUGCUUCCUUCUCUUAUUAGUUCUUCUAGUAUUGAUUUGUAUUUUCCAUUUCUUUUUUUGCUGAACCGCAGUUGCUUGUUUACGUCGAUUCGCGUCAGGCGUGUAAUGAUAAAUUAAUUCUUCGUCUCUCUACACGCACUGAACCGCACUCAACAUAAACUCCCUCUUCUUCUUUUCUUUUCUGGCUUUGGUUUUUCCUUUCCGACGAGUGAACACCUCAGUUGAUGUUGAUGUGACACGCUCGUUGAUCUGUAGCUGUAAGCACCAACGUGACAAGAUAUUGUAAAAGCAAAAUCAGAGAUUAUACAACGGCCAGGAGACACAGCGUUGCAGGUUAGCGGAAUCGCAUCUCAGCAGUAGCAUGAUCACUGAAGCCUGCCUUUGAGUUCUUUUUUCUUCUCCAUUAUCUUUUACGAAGAAGUGUUUUUAUUACCUUUUUUUAGGAAGGAACCGCGACAUCAAGCUGAAUCGGGAAGUCCGUACCGCCUUUUCCCUCCAUUUCUUUUUGCUUGCUUGUACUACACUUUUCCGCGUGCGUGUGCAAGACGAAACCCCCAGUUGUACUUCUUUUAUUAAUAAGCAAAAACCGUCUUUUUGUUGGUUUCCUUGUGUUUCAAGUCGCGCACACGUACAACUGUACUGAGUAAUUCUCCUUUUUUCUUCCUUUCUUUUUUUUCCUCUUCGACGCCCCGCAACGUAGGGCGAGCGGCAGAACGAACAGGAUGUCCGACUCACACGCGGCCGAUCCGAAGAAGGAGCUCUCCAGCAGGGAGGUUUUCUGGUACAGCGUCGCCUGCGUUGUGUGUGUGGCGGGCGCCGGCUUCUUUGUCGGGCUGCAGAUCGCCCUCUUCUCCAUCGACCGCCUCUUCCUGCGCGUGCUCACCACAACAGGGACGCCAAAAGAGCGCAAGCAGGCCGAGUCGCUGCUGCGGGUGUUGAAGCUGCAGCACUGGACGCUGGUGGCGCUCGUCUUGAUGAACGCCGUCUUCGUCAUGACGCUGCCCAUCUUGCUAGAGGCGCUUUUCGACGAGGUCACCGCCCUCAUCGUCUCCAUCACGGCCGUCCUCCUCGCCGGCGAGGUUGUCCCGCUCGCCGUGUUUGUGCGGUGGGCGAUCCCUGUCUGCUCGUACUUUAUCCAAUCGAUUUGGUUCGCCAUCAUCGUCACGGCACCGGUGAGCUACCCGAUGGGCAAGGUGCUGGACAGCAUACUGGGUCACAAUGAGGACCUGCUGGACCGCGAGGAUCUCGCCGCCCUCAUUGUCGGGCCGCACUUCGACGACGAGGGAGGCGGGAGCGGCAGAGGCGGCAGCAGUGUCGACGUCACCAUCGUCGAGACGACGCCGAUGCGGACAGACAAGUCCGGCGGCGGCCCAGCCAUCACGAACGCUGGCACCGCAGCAGCAACGACGACGACAACGAAUAGCCGAGAGGGCGACGGGGCGCUGUCCGGCGGCAAUGACAACGCAUCUCCCUACCAACUCCGCGACUCCGAAGUCAAGAUGCUGCAGGCUGCAAUGCUGCUCUCGACCGACACGGUGAAGGAGCAUCUCAACACGAGCGCCGAGGACGCUUUCAUGCUCUCCUCGCGCGACUCGCUCGAUCGCGACACCAUUCUGCGCAUUCUGAAAGAGGGCUACAGUCGCGUGCCGGUGUACUUCGGCGAGGACAAGCGCCACAUCAUCGGCGCACUCAUCGUGAACUCGCUCAUCUCGCUGUGCUACACCUACCCUGACCCGCCACCGCUCGUCAGCGACUACCCGCUGCGGGAGGUGAUGCGCUUGUCGGAGGACUCGUCUCUCUAUGAUGCUUACCUGGCCUUCCGCAACGGUCCGUCCAACAUGGCCAUCAUCUACGACUCGGCUGGUAUGAUGGUCGGCCUGCUCACCCUCAACGACGUGUUGGCCACGCUGUACAACGCCGAACCAUCGGCGCCAGUCGCACUAACAGAGCAGUACUUCCGCCGCCAGCACAAGAUGGUGGAGCUGGUGGAGGGCAUGAAGUACUUGCAGGCCACGAAGCGCGUGGUACCGAUGGUGCUGGGAAUGUCACGGACUGGUAGCCCUGAGCUCAAUAACGUGCAGACCGACGCGCCACAGGAUCAGACGGUGACGGCCAACACGCACUUACCGCAGGACCGCUGUCCGACGCCGACCGCGCUGACGACUACCACGGUCGGUGCGCUGCCUGCACUCCCGCAGCACCCAACUGUCACUCCAAGCGAGUCGACCGCCUCUGCUUCCCCGAAGCCGCCGCCCGCUGUUGAGCCGUGA